UGCCUGCUGGGUGCUGUAGUUCCGGUGCGUGAGUGGAGUCGUGCAGAGCGGAGUGGGGCGCGGAGCCGACCAUGGACAAGCUUAAGCGGGUUCUGAGCGGGCAGGACGCCGAGGAGUCGAGCGGGAUGAGUGAGGUAAUGGAUGCAACUACAUUAAGCUGGGGCACACGAAUGAAAGGUUUCAUCGCCUGUUUUGCUAUAGGAGUUCUGUGCUCCAUCCUGGGUACAUGCCUGCUGUGGGUGCCAAGGAAAGGAUUAAUUCUUUUUGCAGUAUUUUAUACACUGGGGAAUAUUGCAUCCAUUGGAAGCACUGUUUUCCUUAUGGGACCAAUGAAGCAAUUGAAAAGGAUGUUCGAACCCACUCGUCUGAUAGCUACUAUUAUUAUGCUAUUGUGUCUCAUACUAACGUUGUGUUCUGCCUUCUGGUGGCACAACAAAGGACUUGCUCUCAUCUUCUGCAUUUUACAGUUUUUUGCUUUGGCCUGGUACAGCAUUUCCUUCAUACCUUUUGCAAGGGAUGCUGUGAAGAAAUGUGCAUCUGUCUGUCUGUCAUAACAAAGCAUGUGGGAUGCUUUGUGAAGUUCUAGGAAGUACAGUAGAACCAUGCUAAUUCUUGUGUGCAUCUUCCCAACUGUCUUAAACACGUGCCUUUCAGUUGGUAGUGGGAGGCUUCUUGUGCUUAAAAUCCAGUGUAUAUAGUUACUUUUUGUAAGCAAUGGUGUCCGAGUCAGAAUGUUGAAACGGUUUAUUAUCUGAAACUAUCUGUUUAGCAAAGCCAGAUUGGGAUCUAGAUCUAACUCUGACCUUUAUAUAUGUAUUACAAUUGUGCAGAACAAAACAAAUAAUCCUUGAAGAGCCACUGUUGGGCCAAAAAUCAGAGGAUCCUCAGCUGGCACAAGUUGGCAUGUUUUGCACUUUGAUGAAACUGUACCACUCUACACUGCUGAGGAUCUAGUCUUGCAGGAGAAGAAAUAUACUUCUCACUGCUUUCUGAUCUUUUAUUGAGAUUUAAAAACCUCACUUCCUCCCACUUAAUGUUUGCACUCACUUUGGACAGUGAAACCUCACUGAUCUCUUUAUUUUCUGGCUCUUUUGCAGGAGCCUAGUGCUUCAAAGUCCGGUUUUAGAACUGCUGAAGGAAACUCUUUUUUGACUAAAUAUUUCUAAAAAAUAACUGUUUAAACUACUAGGUGUUUCUUUAAUGUAGUAAAUGAAAAUGAGCAUUGAUCAUGCCUGCAGACUAUCCCCCUUAGGGAAAAGUACAAGGAGUUCACUGCAACCAAGGUAAACAAAGCUCUCUGCCUGACAGGGACCUGGGGUUUUUGCCUUGCUUGCAGCAGCUACUAGUAUUGCAAAGCAAGGCAGAAGCUGCAUCUUUCUUGUGCUGUUUAGGGCCUGUCCUGUCCACAGCUGUUUAUUGCAGAAACAACAACCCCAUGACUUGAUAAGAACUGAUAUUUAGUUUGUCUGGACACAGAUUUUAUUGUGCUUUUUUCUAAAUACUCUUGUGUAUGCUUUGGAAUAGGCAUUUUUGCCCACCUUUUUACAAUACCUUCUACUGACAGGAUGUGAGGAGCUUGUGUGUGUUUUUUCUUUGAAUAGGGGGGAAGACAUGGUCUUUGUUCCCACUAGUUCAAAACCUUUAUUGCCUCUGCCUACAGGCAAGAUGUGGUAAAUCCCCUUAGAGAUCAUAGGUCACUGACCAGAAGAAAUGCACAGCUCAGGUGAUCUUCAAGUGCCAGUACCCUCUUCUGAGGGGAAGCAUCAUGAGGAAACUUUAUUUUUGCUAAGGAAACGGGUCCAAUAUUUAACUGCCACCUCUGAACAAAUAGCCUCCAGUGGCUAGGAUUUUUUAUGAAGCAAAAAUUCCAAGAUCACUUUGGCAUUCUCUCAGACUGAGAUAUAUUUCCUGAUAAAUAAAGCAUUGUCACAGUC